GGCACCCGGAAGUCGGCAGCGGCGGAGGCGACUGUGUAACCCUGUGUGAGCAAAGCCACCCUCCGGGACCCAUGUGCAUCAUCUUCUUUAAGUUCGAUCCUCGCCCUGUUUCCAAAAAUGCGUACAGGCUCAUCCUGGCAUCCAACAGGGAUGAAUUCUACCACAGGCCAUCCAAGGUGGCAGAGUUCUGGGGCAACAACAACGAGAUCCUCAGUGGGCUUGACAUGGAGGAAGGCAAGGAAGGAGGCACAUGGCUGGGCAUCAGCACUCGCGGGAAGCUGGCGGCGCUCACCAACUACCUGCAGCCGCGGCAGGACCCAGAUGCGAGGGGCCGAGGUGAACUGGUGGCCCACUUUCUGACCGCAGACAUGGACAGUUUUUCCUACUUGAAGAAGGUCUCCACAGAGGGUCACCUGUACAACGGCUUCAACCUCUUAGCAGCCGACCUGAGCACAGAGAAGGGAGAUGUCUUCUGCUACUAUGGAAACCAGGGGGAGCCCGAACCCAUUGUCCUGGCGCCAGGGACCUAUGGGCUGAGCAAUGCGCUGCUGGAUACGCCUUGGAGGAAGCUGUGCUUUGGGAAGCGGCUCUUCCUGGAGGCUGUGGAGCGGAGCCAGGCCCUCCCUAAGGAAGUCCUCGUGGCCCAGCUUCUGGACGUGCUCAACAACGAGGAGGCGCAGUUGCCGGACCCGGCCAUUGAGGACCAGGGCAGGGAGUAUGUGCAGCCCAUUCUGAGCAAGUACGCGGCUGUGUGCGUGCGCUGCCCAGGCUACGGCACCAGAACCAACACGGUCAUCCUCGUGGACGUGGAUGGGCAUGUGACCUUCACAGAGCGCAGCAUGGUAGACAAAGACCCUUCCCGCUGGGAGACCAGGACCCACGAGUUUAGGCUGCAGAGCUAAGACCUCCCCCUGAGCGCAGCCAGCAGGCUCCUGUAAGGCCCUGCCUUGAGGACUGGAUGGGAACCUUCCACAGCACAGGCACUGCCUGUGUGUGACUUGGCCAGCAUCCCUCAGCACCUCUGAUUUGUGUGUGAUCUGUCUGUGUCCCAGGAUCCAGCUCGAAGUCCAUCCUUAUGCCAGUGGGAGUGGCAAGUCCCACACAAGCCAGGUCAGGGGCAGGGCCAGGUGCAUUCACACAU